GCCUUCACUUGCCUGUACAAGUAUUUUGUUGCCAAACUUGAGGAUAUUGUGCAGGGUAUAUAUACCUCAUCUCCCGCACAUCUGCAGCAUCCUAACGGCUUCCACAUACAACAAAGAUGAAGCUCAUCCUCGUAGCCUGCCUCCUCGCCGUCGCCGCCGCCGCCCCCCGCCCCCAGCAGGAUGCUCAGCUCCUGAGUGAGACCAGCGAGAACCAGGGAGACGGCAACUUCGCCUACUCCUACUCGAUCGACAAUGGCAUCAAUGUGGACGCCGCUGGAUCCCCGGGCACCGCAGGGCAGAGCAACAUCGUAGGCAGCUACACCGUCCCCCUCGCCGACGGCGGAUUCGCUGUCAUCAGAUACAUUGCUAACGAGGAUGGCUUCCAACCCGAGUCCGAAAUUCUCCGCUAAACACACCCCCGCCUAAUCCACACAUCAUACAGACACACAAAUGCCCAUUGUCAACUGUUGAAUCCCGCCCGAUGCUUAUCCUCUCUGUCCAUCGUCUCGUUCUAAACUCUGUUCCUUCUACACUGUCCCCUAUACUGUCUACAUUUACACUGUCCUACGUUGGUACUAAGUUUCCUUGCCCGAUCCUGCAUGUACUUGUCCUCGGUCCCUUUCCCCUGGGUUUCUGGCGUCCCGCUGGCACGGCGAUGAACAGGAUAUCCCUGUUGGUGACACAACCAGAGACGAUCACGGUCUCCUCCGCCUUUACUCUACGUCAUCUAAAGCACACACAUAAACAGCUGUCAUCGGUGGCCGGAGUUGGUGUUGUUUCACUGGUGACGACUGGAAAAAAAAAGUUUGGUAUUAAAAAAGAUAAAAAAA